ACAUGUACAUUUCCACGCAGGCCGCUUUAGACAGUUUGCUAUUUGAGUAUUUCCAUAGGAACCAGGGCCCUAGCGGGCAGGCAAAAGUAAGGGUAAAAUUUACACGUGCAGUCGUGCAGUAGAUACUCUUUAUUGAACUAACUAAUUACUUACUUACUUACCAGAUCAAGACGAGACUUGACAAGAGGAGAUCAGUCUGUUUGUGCUUGCAGAAUAGAGAGUUCCGCACGACACUCGACAGUAAUCAUCCAGGCCAGCUACGAAGACCUAAGUCCUUAGCUCAUGCAUGCCUGGAGCGCAGGGCACGCAUCACUCGUCCACGGUGCAUGUCAUGUUCGUGUACUUCCGGUGCCAAACCUUGGCCUGCAUGCACCCAUGGGGCCACUGGGGUCGUGGAGGCCAGCAGUUCAAAGGUGCGUUGGGCGAGGUUUUUUGCCAUGAUUAGGGCCCAGUGUCGGCGAUCACUUCAGCCUAGUUCAGGAUGGAACUGACCUGCACAAUACUGCAGCAACGACGUGCUUCCCCGCUGCAUAGUCUGGCUUGGUGCAUACCCACCGCAGGCACUGUGCUGGACUACUAGUACUAGCUCUUUCUUGUCCUUGCUUUUGCCCCACAAUGCACUACACGGGCCCGCUUUUGUCGUUUUGAACGGUCACACAAGAGCACUAGCGAAGUCUGCUGCCUGUGUGAAGAUAACUGAAGAUAUUGACCAGCCUUCAAACGUACGGCCUGCAAGGCUUGUUUUGGGCUGUUUCAAGCCUUUCGCUCUAGUGUCGUCAGCUUACCUGCAUGAGCGGGAACGAGAAAAAGUCUGAAAGUCUGCCAACCUCUUCCUCUCCGCUGCCAAAAGUCGAAAAGCCUGAUUGAGUUCGAUAGUGCAACGUUUCAAAGCACUGCGACGAAACGACGUUACGUCCUGCUACUGUGCUGUGUGAGAGGCCUAGCUGCCACGGUCCUCGCCGACUCUUCGGCCAAGGACCGCGAUCAGAUCGCAUACUGUAACACAUUGUGACACGGUGACAAACUCGAACGUUAGUAUCAGUACUAAAAUUGGUAGCAAUGGGGAACUGCUUGUCAAAGCGUCACGGCAGUCUAACUUUGGACCACACUGCCAGCGCCAGUAGCCCCACUGCCAGUGGCAUGGUUGACAUAGGGACAGCUGCUGCUGCUGGUGGUGAUAAUGAUACUGGAACUGGCGGUAGAGAUAGCAACAGUCCUCGACCGAAGCAUAGUCCGUCCACCUCGGCUUCAAGUUCUAGCUGCAACGUGGGAGCAACGACGGGUACGGGCAGCGUAGAGGGUGAGGGACCGGGAGCGCAAGACAGCGGCGGCCACGGCAUGACUUCUGCUGGUGUCUGUGUGGAGAGAACACAUGCUACCAACCCAGAGUGUCAGCAACCACGCAGCGACCAGGGGAACUGCAAAGAAUAUGACGUGGACACUCCUCUGGUCGCCGAUUCCAGUGACAUGAACGUCAUGAAGACUGAAGACGAGAGCAAAGAUCAAGCAGUGACCCUCAUAGAAAUAGCAAAGGGAGCGAAGUAUGAGGAGAAUGGCUACAAGCAAGCUGAAUUAUUUCCAGCAACUUCUGAAAGUGCACCAACUGCUUUGUCUGAAGAUACCGAGGACACCUUAAACGACGAAGCAGCAGCAACAGUAGCUGAAGUGGUCAGCGGAGGAGCUGGCAAUAUUCCCCUGCUAAUUGUAACAGAUGCUUCAAACACUAGCACCACAAACACCGAGUCAUCGGAGAAUGAGAAUCACUCGCGAUCUCUGUCCCUCACAAACCAAUUCCAUGACUCUCUUCAGGAAGCAGAGGCCAACGGAACUGAAGACGAUAUUGAACCUUGCAACUCCUGUGAGCCACCGGAUGUGACUCACCAUGUUGAGCAGCCUGCCGAAGAGCUUGGCAAUCAGAAUGGAAAUGCUGAGGCAGCAGUGGAGGAUCAUGCUCAAGCCGCUUUGCAACAGUCCGAGUCCCCUGUUGCCAGUGAUCCUGGUCAGGUGGAUAUACCAGUGCCUGACACUGCACUUGCAGCUGUGGACGAUGCCUGCUCGGGUGACGUUGAUCUUGGUGAGGUGCGCGAGGCAGUGACGUCUACACCUGCACACUGUCAAUCACCUAGCCCUGAGGCAAUGGAUCUCAUACCUGCAACAAAUUCUGAGAUAUGUGAUGACUGGUGAUGAACAUGGAUUGUGGGCACAUUACACACUGUUCAGCACAUCCCAGUCUCGCUUUUUGCUCGUUUGCUCUGCCAACAAUGGGAAAGACUUCACGUCCACCAUGAAACACAGACGUGAUUGUACCAAGCAAGAUCCGUUCAUUGCUGGUGAUAACGCUGCUCCGCCUAUGACUCUGGACUAUUUUUCCACUCACAGCAUGAAGAUAUACUCCUCUUUAGAUUCAAGCCAUCCGCCUUGUCGAAAUAUUAUUCGACAUGGCUUCACAUCUGCUUCUUCCGAAGUUGUGAAGUUCAAGAACUUCAUCAUAUACAUGUAUAUGCCCAUUGUACCUGAAGUAAAAAAAAAGAGAAGGUGAAUGUUACAUUCCUGUCCCAUUCACUCAUGUGUCGAUGCAGCAGAACGAUCAGCAGGACGAUCCAAGUAGUUUUAAAUUGCCAAACAUUUUCGUUAUACACUUUAAACUAGUGUAAGGGUAAUGCUGUCGUCACUCUGAACUCUGAACUCUGAACUCUGAACUCUGAAGCUUGUGUGGCGGCUUGGAUGAUACUUUGGAGGGGAAGGCAACACCUUUUUGUUCACUCUCUCAUCGCGCCUACAGUAUUCUCUGUAUGCCCCUCACACCAUGUACACCUUUCUAGAAUGAGGUCAACAUCAUUGUUCAGGAGAUGACCAGUCAGCAAAGUUCCCAUCAAGGGUCAAAUCAAAUGACUCAAGCCCGGCUCAGUCGUAAUCUUGCUAUGCUUUGAUUAUGCGUACAGGGCCUUGGAUUCGUUUCAAGCCUGCUCAAUUGUAAUUUUACUACUCUUUCAUGGCGGAGUCAUGACAUUAGAAUAGUGGAUGCACUCCACAAAGGUGUGCACACCUUUGUGCAUGCCUUUCUGUACACUGAGGAUCCUUUUACAAUGCUGCACAGUGUAAAACUGAUAACUACACCGUUCAGACAUGUGUGCAGUACAUGCAGUUUGA